UAUCAAAAGUGUUUUGUGUUUUUGCUGGGCACUUGAAUUGUAAGCUUUACCAAUCUUGAUAAAGAGAAUCGUCAAGUUAUUGGUGUUUUCUUCUUUUUGCUGUUAUUGUUUGCUAAUCAGUUGGUUCAGAGAGGAUAGGUCAGGUUCAAAAUUCUACAGUAUCCAUAUCCACAUCCUCUUCCUUGCUCGCUUAAAUUUGUCACCCAUUCUAUCAUGAAUUUGCCUUCUGUUAGAUAAAAGACAGUAUAUAAAAGAAAACCUUGUGGAAGCUAAAUCUUUCAUGCCUUCAAUGUCACAUAAACCAGUAAUGAAAUUAAGGGCAGAAUCUCUGGUUUUGCGCUAUGUACUUUUUAGUUUGAUCAUCACAAUAGCUCAGAAAUGUGAUUACUUUUUGUUGGUUGGAGGACAGACAGUGCCUGCUGUUUUUAUGUUUGGAGACUCCUAUGGAGAUACAGGGAAUAAUGAUUUUAUUUGUACGCUUGUCGUUGGUGAUUUUCCUCCAUAUGGAAGAGAUUUCAAAGAUCACAUUGCCACAGGAAGGUUAUCCAAUGGAAAGCUCAUGUCUGACUACUUUGUUGAAGGUCUUGGAGUCAAGGAAUUCUUGCCUCCAUAUUUGGACCCUAAGCUCAAGGCCCAGGACUUGCUAACUGGUGUCUGUUUUGCAUCUUCUGGUUCUGGCUUAGACAAUCUCACUGCCCAUUUAUUGGAGGUGAUACCAGUUUGGAAACAAAUUGAGUAUUUUAAAGAGUAUAAAAAGAGAAUAGCAGGAUUGGUGGGUGAGGAACAGGCCACCACCAUAAUUAAAGAGGCAAUAUUUUUCAUUUCGAUAGGCACCAAUGAUUUCGCUGCCAACUACUUCCUAUUCCCAAUUCGUCGACUUCAGUUCACCGUUCAAGAGUAUACAGAUUUCCUCUUGGAUAUAUAUGCAGUUUAUAUCAAGGAAUUAUACAAUCUGGGUGCCUUUAGAAUUGCUUUGAUUAACGUUCCACCAUUGGGAUGUUUACCAAUAGAGAGAACGCUUACAAGCCUUUGGAACAAGGGAGCAUGUGACGAAGAGAUAAACGAGGCUGCAUCUGUAUUCAAUUCAGGAUUAAAUGCCGUGAUUGAUGGACUCAAAACUUCUUUAUCUGGGCUUCAAAUUGUUUCUUACGAUUACAACAAACUGAUUUCCGAGUUCAUUGCAAAUCCUCAGAAAUAUGGCUUAGAGGUUGUUGCAAGGGGUUGCUGUGGAACGGGCACCAUAGAAACUAUAUUGCUGUGCAACAAAUUCACUCCCUUUACAUGUCCUGAUGCUUCCAAAUAUCUCUUCUUUGAUUCUCUCCACCUUACUCAGAAGGCAUAUCAAAACAUUUCUAGUGUAUUUUUAACUACAGAUAUUCCUCAACUUCUUUAAAGUUGUUAUUAGUAGAUAUAUUUGUAAUUGAAUAUAGUAUGCUGCAAAAGUAAUCCGUGCAAUUUAAUGUAUGGACUUCUCUUCUAGUUAGUGUUUCAUCCAUCUUGUAAAAUGUCAAGAUAAAUAACAUUGAUUGUCAUUGACAGGUAAUAUGUGUAAAUGUAUUACUUUAGUUAAUUUACCUUAUUUAUAA